AUGCGUCUUCUCAGUUCCUCGAGCGGGGAAAUGAAAUUCUUCCCUUCACGUGCCGAUAUCCCUCCUUAUGCCAUACUAUCACAUACCUGGGGCGAGGAAGAAGUGUCGUUUCAGGAUUGGCAAGGAGAGCGCGAGAAAGUUAAAAAGAUGAAGGGUUUCCGAAAAAUAGAAUAUUGCUGUCAACAGGCAGUCGAAGACGGUCUUGAUUGGGUUUGGGUCGACACUUGCUGCAUUGAUAAAACUAGCAGUGCUGAGCUCUCCGAAUCUAUCAACUCGAUGUUCAGAUGGUAUAAGGAAGCAUCUGUCUGCUAUGCCUACCUAGCCGACGUGAAACACAGCCCUCUAUCAACGAUCGAGAGUCAGAUAGCUGAGAGUCGCUGGUAUGAGCGCGGAUGGACGUUACAGGAGCUAAUAGCAUCCGAAAACGUGAUAUUCUACUCUGAGGACUGGUGCCAAAUUGGGACAAAGUUACAGCUCUCGGCUCUCAUAUCCAGUAUUACUGGUAUCGAGGAGACAUAUCUGGAUAGCGCGAACACACAAAACGCCAGUAUAGCACAGCGUAUGUCAUGGGCGGCAAACAGGAAAACGACGCGUGACGAAGACAUGGCAUACUGUCUCCUUGGUAUAUUCGACGUGAACAUGCCCCUUCUAUACGGUGAGGGUGACCGUGCAUUCCUCAGAUUGCAGGAGGCGUUGGUAAAGGCGUAUCCGGAGGACCACACACUAUUCGCUUGGGGAACGGUUGUUCAACGGUUUUCUAGUACAACCCGGAAGAUGAUGGGUCACUCCUUGGGCUUCUAG